GACGUAAACAUGAUCAGCGAUUGAGAUUUAUUUACAUUUCAAUCACAAUGAUUUACUAUAAAAAGUGUCAUUUAAAUAGGUGAAAAAUUAGAACGAGUGAUCGAUCGCACUAAGUGCAUGUGUAUAGACACUGAAAUUCAUUAUUUAAUUUCCAUCUCUCAUAUACAGGUAAGAUGACGAUCAACAUGCUAAAUACACCCGUACGUAUAUCGAUGAUCUUAACAUCAGUAUAAGGAGCUAAAUACCAGCAGUUACUUCAUUUACUACAGAAGAAGAUAACGAUACGAUAAACACUAGCAACGAUACGCUAAACACUAGCAGUUACUUCAUUUACUACAGAAGAAGAUAACGAUACGAUAAACACUAGCAACAACACGCUAAACACUAGAUAACGAUACGAUAAACAUUAGCAACGAUACGCUAAACACUAGCAGUUACUUCAUUUACUACAGAAGAAGAUAACGAUACGAUAGACACUAGCAACGACACGCUAAACACUAGCAGUUACUUCAUUUAUCAAAUGAAAUAUCAGAGACCAAGACUUACACUAUACUUUGCUGUAACGUCGAUAAUUUGUCUAACGAUGGUGUUUGCCUUUUUGGAUUUCAAAUUUACUUUGAUUCCACGUAUGGCGUAUCAUUUAGGACAUGUAGAGGAGGACGAUUAUGUUCAUAAAUUUGAAGACAUAUUUAACGAUACAACAAGAAAAACAAAGAAAAUAUUAGUAUGGACACCAUUUUUCAGAACAGUAAAAAAAUGGGCCGAAGGAAUAAAUAAUCAAUUAAAAAAUUGUAGUUACGUUUGUACAGCUACCCAUAAUCGAGUCAAUCUGCCGCUGAGUGACGCCAUUAUAUUUCAUGACGCUGAUAUAGACAUUAAUGAUAUGCCGGGUCUAAGAAUUCGUCGACAACCAUGGAUUCUAUUUACUCUUGAACCUACCGCCUUGAUAAAAAAGAAUUACAAUUGGAUGAACGGGAUGUUCAAUUGGACUAUUUCUUACCGGAACUACUCUACUAUUCUUGCCGCCUAUGGCGGUUAUGUGCCUAAACGUAUGAAUACACCAACGCCACCGCUUGUGUCUUUAAAAAACAAAAACAAAACCAUGUAUGCAUCUAUAAGUAAUUGCCAUGAUGCUGGUAGACGUUUUAAAUUGAUAAAAGAGAUUAUGAGAUAUAUUGAUGUGGAAUUGUUCGGUCGGUGUGGUGACCGGAAGUGUACUAAUUUUGGUGGUCCAUGCCAUUCAAAAGAAAUAUUGAAUUUAUAUAAAUUUAGGCUAGCUUUUGAAAAUUCUCAUUGUCGGCAUUACGUGACAGAGAAGUACUGGUCUACUUUGGCGGAGAGUGAUACUAUUCCAAUUGUUAACUGGAUAAAAGGGCAAAUAAAUCCAACUGUAAUACCAAAUUCGUAUAUCAAUUUCUUUGACUUCGAAAACAUAAGUGAUUUUGUUAAUUAUAUAGAGAAAGUUGGUGCUAAUGAGACUCUUUUCCAACAGUAUUUUGAGUGGAAGAAAACAUAUGAACUUGGGAAAUCUGACUCCGAUUAUUGCAAGCUAUGUGAAAAACUGCACAAACCGUACCAAUCUCAGGUCUAUACUGACCUCGGGGGAUGGUUCAAAGAAGACACAUGUACUAAAUACAGCUUGAUUGGAAUGGCUGGACGAUGGGUAGACAGAAGAAUUUUUAACAUUUUUAAUAAAUGAUCUUAAAUCAUUUGUGUGGUAUCAAAAACUAGGACGAGAAUCUUACAUUUAUGAGAUCAUAUAAAGUUAGAUAAUUUCGAAAGAUUAUAAACCUGAGCAUGCAAGUUUAGAAUGUCAACGUUAAAGCUGACAUAUAUUAUAAGAAA